UUAUGGGUGUUUGUGUACAUGAAGGCCAACUGCAUGCUUUGACAGAGUAUAUUAACGGUGGUAACUUGGAACAGUUGUUGGACAGCAACAUGCACCUUAGCUGGACUAUUAGAGUCAAAUUAGCAUAUGAUAUUGCAUUGGGCCUGAGCUAUCUGCACUCGAAAGGAAUCUUUCACAGAGAUCUAACAUCAAAGAACUGUUUGAUAAAUUGUGAUGAGAACGGUUACUCUGCAGUUGUUGGAGAUUUCGGCCUUGCAGAGAAAAUCCCUGACUAUAGUGUUGAUGGAGAGAAGUUGGCUGUUGUGGGAUCCCCGUACUGGAUGGCACCUGAAGUCCUCCGAGAUGAACCAUACAAUGAAAAAGUAAAUUUUGUCUCAAGCAGUGUGCCUAAAAUGGAUAGUAUGGUUGUUCUCAGACAAUAAAAAUAUGAAAGUA